AUGGAGCCAUUCGCUGCCAGUGAAAUUCAUGUUAAACCCCAACUUUAUCAUAAAAGAAGUCCUCCUAGUCCAACCAUCUCAGGUAACAAUUUUAACUUAGAGAUUAAUCUACUUGUCAGGCACUCUUAUACUUCUGGUGAGAACAUUAUCGAAGACUACAACUUUGGUACUAGGUGGGCUGAUAAGUACAAGUCAUUAUCAUGCGAUAUUGUUGACAGAGUGCUUUCUGCAACUGAUUUUCCUUAUCCAUUAGAAAGUGUUAAGUGGGACCAUACUGAGAAAAUUUUGGAGAACAAAGAUGAUCUGAUCGAACGCAUCUUGGAGUUUGCUCGGACGGUGCAGAAAGUUACACCUCCUUUCCAAGAUGACGAUACAGUUUAUGUGAGACUGAUAUUUGACAAGCAAGUCUCCGUAUCUCCUCAAGAAUUUGAACUUACCAAAGCGAGAAUUGUUGCAGAACAGAAUGAAAAUCGUGCACAACUACUUUGGGGAAUAGUUUAUGACCAAAUCAAAGGAUUGGGACACGGAUCAUCAUCGUUGAAUGAAGAAUUUCAGUGGCUACAAGCUUACAUAGUAGAAAUUGUGAAGGGGACAGCUUAUUGGAGCAUGUAUUAUGAUGAAAAUUUUGAAAGGGAACUACUACAGUCUUUAGUUGAGCAAGCCAGGAAGGAAUUUAGGUCACUGCCUGCAGUAAGAAUGAUGCAAUUCUUACAGGGAGUACAUCUUCCAGAAAACGAAUCAACAGACAUGUGUUCGAUAUGCAUGGAGAGGUACUUACCUGGUUCAGAAGCAUACAGCAUGCCUUGCAGCCACAGUUUCCAUUUUGACUGCAUUGGGACUUGGCUUCUAAAAAACCCAAGUUGUCCUAUGUGUCGUUACAAGUUGCCACCAAUGGAGUCCAAAUAG